CCUGCCGCUCUCCGUGCGCGGGCCCGGCCUUGCCCGUUGCCAGCCCCGUGCCCCGGGCGGCCCGGCGGGCAUGGAGCGGCUGCAGGUGGAUGCGCAGGCCCUGCAGGAGUACGCGGAGUACCGGCGAAUUGUAGGUGAUGAUGAUGGAGGAAAGCUCUUUACUCCUGAGCAAUAUGAAGAGUACAAAAGAAAAGUAUUACCAGCUCGACUGCAGAACAGGUUGUAUGUGAGCUGGAGAUCACCAACUGGCAUGGACUGUAAGCUUGUGGGACCAGAGACACUGUGCUUUUGCACCCACCGGUAUAAACAACACAAAACAGACUACGAGGUGCUUCCCAAGGAGCGCCCCAUCAGCGUGCCUUGCAGAGUGAAGGGCUGCCCGUGCCAGUCCUACCAGUUUGUGCCCCUGAACGGCACCCAGCCCGUGCGCUGCCGCUGCAAACACUUCGCUGACCAGCACAGCGCAGCGCCCGGCUUUCCCUGCAACUCCUGUUCCAAGUGUUCAGGCUUUCAUAGCUCCUUUACCUGUGCCUGUGGUCAGCCAGCAUAUGCUCACGAAACAGUUGUGGAAACCAAGGAGGAGCGCUUAGCCCAAGGAAAGCCCGUGGGGCAGGAUGUUCCUUACGCUGCCAUGGGAGGACUGACUGGUUUUAGCUCUCUAGCAGAAGGCUACAUGAGGCUUGAUGACAGUGGAAUAGGUGCUCCUUCUGCUGAACUUUUAGAAGCCCCCACUACUAGCAUGGAUCAUCCAUUUCUAAAAGCAUUUCAGGGGCCUUCGAGUUCCGCUCAAUCCAUGCCACAAAUAGCAGGUAGCUCAAGUGCCACAGGGCAAGUUUCUCACGGAAAACAAUCAGAGGCUGAUGACAUGGCUUACUUUGAAAAACGCUAUCAAGAACGGCUGAAAAUGGAGAAGGCUGCUAAACGGCAAGAGAGGAAUCCAGUGCCAUCAAAGAAGCAAUGAGAUUAAUAAAUAAAUAUUUAUUAUUUGGCACACUGGUCAUUAUUGCAUUCCUUAUUUUUCUCUGUGCAU